AUGAUAUUAAUAAUUAUAAUUUUUUUAUUCAAAUUUGUUCUUAAUCUUCCUAUACAUAAAGAUUCCACCAGAGCGUCAACAACGCAACUCAUAAAUGAGAUUACAGUCGUGCUUAAACACAACAACAUCCGCAAUAUUAAAUCACGUGAAAUUAAAUUUCCUGAUCUUCGAUUGCCUGAAAUUAACUUCCCUGAUAUUCAAAUUCUUGAAAUUGACUUUUUUGAUAUUAUUGAAACUAUUGGAAAGAUAAUAAUAAUUGGUAUAGUUUCUUUCUUAAUUUCUUAUUGUCUCAUCAUUGUAUGUGCUCACUAUCUUGGGUUUGGUGAUGGAAUCGUUGAAGAAAGUAUUGCUACCGGGUCUCAAAGAACGGGUGCUACAGGUGUACCUGUACCUGAUAAAAGAAUAUUAAUAGCAGUAACAGUAGCAUUAUUCAUGACAUGUUUG